AUCCCCAUCACAUCCACACCCUAGGAUACCCUCCUUGCCUCUCUCUCUCUCUCUCUCUUUCUCUCUUCCAUCCUUUUUCCUCACCAGCCCUUCCCCACUACAGUAUACCUUUUCUUUUCUUUUACUCUGUGGAGGAAAAUGCAUGUUUGACCUUGUUCUUUUCCAUCCAAGACUUUAGUGGAUGCUCUCCUCUUUGCUCGCUACUUUUCCCCCCCCUGGUACCUGUGGAGGUUCCCGGCUUCUCCAGUUUUCCCUAACCCGGUUGUCACGUUGAGCGCAGCCCCGCAGAGAGGCAGCAUGCUGGGAUUAGACGUGUGUGAGUUUGGGGGUCAGGUGCUGGAGCUGCUGUGGCUAACUAUGUGCUACAGAGGUUUCAUGCUGGACAAGAAGGAUUUGGCUUUGGAGGAGGAAGAGGACGAGAGAAACCUCAACUACAAUCCUCCAGCCCAGAAGUCUUUGCAGGAGAUUCAGGACCUAGACAAAGAUGACGACAGUCUGGUGAAAUAUAAGCAGACGCUGCUGGGGACGAAGCCAAUGGUGGCAGGUGUCUCUGGUCCAAAUGUCCAGGUGACCAAGCUGACCCUGUUGUGUAAUGAGGCCCCGGGACCGAUUGCCAUCGACCUAACAGGAGACCUGAACAGCCUGAAGGAGAAGACAUUCGCCCUGAAAGAAGGCGUCAAAUACAGGCUAAAAAUUCACUUUAAGGUGAACAGAGAAAUUGUCGCAGGCUUGAAGUACCAUCAUGUGAGCUACAGAAAAGGAAUAAAAGUGGACAGGGUGUCCUACAUGGUGGGGAGCUACUGUCCCCGUGAGGAGGAGCAUGAGUUUGUGUGCCCCGCUGAUGAGACACCUCAAGGCUUGGUGUCACGCGGCCUCUAUCAGAUCAAGUCCUGCUUCACCGACGACGACAAGAACGUCUAUUCGGCCUGGGACUGGAACCUGGAGCUGAAGAAGGACUGGGACGAGUAGAGGUGCCCUCUUUCUUCUUCAUACUCGCCUCCCUCUCUGCGGCUUUGGAAAGACAUCAUGUUCGAUUUGUUGUCGAUCUAAAGCGUCUUUUUCUCUUUGCAUUAAAUCCACGUCCGCAUCUCAUACACUGUGAAAUAGCCGUAGGAUAAGGCUUUUCUGAGAUUCCUCAUUCAUCUCGUCAUCAUAUAAUGUCACGUAGCAGUGGAUGUCAUGCAGCUGCAGGCAAAAACAGAAAUUAAAUGUGAAAAAUAAGACAAAAGAUGCUAUUGUUGCGUUUGUUUACAGCGGCCUGUACAGCAGCGUUUCCCAACCUUUAUUGAGCCGAGGCACAUAUGUCACAUGAGAAAAAUCUCACGGUGGAUACACAAGUUAGUACAUCAAUCAUUUUUUGGACCAAUUAAAUGAAAUUGCAUGGUGCCGUGGCACACUGGUUGGGAAUCACUUUAUUAUACCGCUCAUAAAUCACGAUGUCCAUGUUUACAAAAGCGUAUGUACACAGGAUAGAGCAGCACAAAGUUCAACACAAACGUUGGAUACCUUCCUAAAGAGAAGUAGGGACAUGCACAAUAACUCUGUCUCAACAUUGUGCUGAAAUAUUAGGCAGUUUCAUAACUUAACCGUAGACAUUAGAGGUAAUUAUUCUUAGUAAACAUGUUUAGUGUAGAACAGUACCUACUUGUGCUACCAUUUCAACUAGAAUGUUAUGGGAACAUCUCUACAAAAGAUGAUCUGAUCUGAUCUGACAACGUGCACUAUUUUUCUUCCGCGUUUCCUUUGAAAGCGAGAGUUCUUUCAGGUCUUUGUGAAGCUUUUUCUCGACCGACGGAAGACGCAAAGACAGUGAGUGGGACUGUGUAUAAUAUUGUAGAAAGUAAUGCAUGUUCGUCCUUUAGGGUUUGAUACUAGUCACACAUUGACGAUCAAAAGGAGCCAAUGUAUAACGCGGACGCUAAACGGCAAUACCGGCCACAACAUUAGGUACACGCAGACACUCGAAUGGCAUCCAACACAGGGGGAGUAUCAACGUACAAACAUGACACAUGAGAGGCAUUCAUUCAACGACAUGGUUAGUGCUGUGGUUGUACAAUUGUACAGUAAGAUUGUGUACCUAAUGUUGCUGUGUACAUGAACAAUUUUCAGAUACAGAGCUGAUUUGACUCAAACGGAAUAUUCAUCGAUGUAUUAGACAGCAUAAUGUCAUUCUCGCUGAACAUAAAGAACACUGGCUAAUUCCAAACCGUUGUAAUCUACGCAUAACUGUAAACGUUGGCUUGUUGGGUGUUGCAUGGUUUAGCAGGAGUAUCUCUAGCAUAGUUUUUUUUACGACUUCCUUGUAAAAACGUGGUUGGGGAAAAAAAACAAAAAAACACAGUGGCAUAUCUAGAUGUGGAAGGUUGAGUACAGAUACGGAUUUCAAUUGACCUUAAAAGCAGGGGUGGCUGUAACGACAGCCGUCGUCUGUGUUGUGUAUCAAUCAAACACUGUAAUGUUCAAUAUUGGUGUCACAUCUCCUCGUGUUCUGUAUCUUUUAAUAAAGGAAAUUGAAAGAACCAACAGGGGCC